AAGCUAAGAAAGCAACCCGACCCCGACAUGCGCGGAGUGCAAUCCCAAUCGGUUCCUCCUAUCGCGGCGAUCAAUACACGAGAGAUUGUCCGCUCCUAACCUUCCCAGUCGGGCAAUCUGUCUCAAUCAUGGAGCAAAGGUUCUGUCCUCGAGCGGGCCUGGCUUAUCAGCGCGCUGGUGAAAUCACUUCAGAGUUUCGUUUCGUGGCUUUUCUUUCUUUGAUUCUUAAUUUCCCGGCAAACUUUUAAAACCGUUGACAUUAUCGCUUCCCCCCGGCUCCCGCUUUCUGCGACGUCGAGGUCGUGGAUUUGAAUGGACUUACUCGAAACGACCUGGAAUAAGUUCGAAGCGUGAAUAACGAUUUGUGUGGAAAUCCUAACAACAGAUAUCGACGACCGUGUUCUUCUGUCAAAAGGAAGUGAGGGACUUGUCGGUUUGAGAGUGCCCGAGUCGAAUUAAACGUUUACUUUACGGCACACUCCUCUGGAAGAUCCAGGCUUACAGAGUCUAGAUCUGACCCUUUGAACCUGUGUGAUUUUGACGUUGGAAAACAGCCAGGAAUGUUUUAAAAGAAUGGAUUUUCAAGUGAUUUUUCGCAAGUAGAGCUUCAUUGCAACAUGACAUUCGAACUAAGAGGACAUUAACUACCCAUGGCGUUUCAGUCAGUGGACGCCUUGGCGUCACAGGGAAAGAAAACUAUCUUUACAUCUCUCCGUUCUGACGUUUGGAGUGUCUAUAAUUCUUGAAUUAAGAACUCUUAUUGUGUGACUUGGAGGUUCAUUUAUCACCCAGGAGCUGUGUAGGAGCGUGUUCAUAGCCGCAGAGUUGUUGUUGUUGUGGUCAAGGUUCAGUCAUGCUUCCCAGAAUUCACCUUGGCGCUCUCCUCACCGCCACCAACUCAGAACUAGCCAGUCAGAGCAGAGAACAGGGACAGGCCACGCGGGAGGCGAGGGUGACCAAAAACAUGGAAGGUUUCUAUGUAUACCAGACGUACCUACGGCGCCUGCGCAGAAUGCACAGAUCGUAUGUCGCCAAGUACCGCAAAGCUCACCCUUCCGCGAAGCAGAGGACGUUUGGCCCUCCCCCUCGUACGACCGAGUUCUACACCGCUCGAGAAGACCCCAGUCAAAGUUACGUCCCCCUUCCAAGACAUCGGCUCUCCUUAUCAGACACGUACAUCCAACUCCACAGCCAAUCACCGGACGGGAGUAUAGACUUGGCUCCUCCCCCUCCGCCUUCUCCUUCUUUGGAGACCUCUCAGUUGGAAGACGCCCCUCCCUUGUCCGUGUCACCAGCUCCUGCAGGGGCUAUCUACAUUCCGUGCGGGCGUGAAAACUCAUUCAAAGGUAGACCCGUUGCGAUGUCUCGAAAGCCAAAGUACCUAGACCCGCUCAAAGGCAACUCAUCUGCGGUACAGUACACAGGUAGAGACUCCCGGGUGGUCAAGGAAGGGGCCAUGCCCUUCAGUCUCUGGCGUCGGGAGAGGGGGCGGGCGGGGGCGGGAACUGUGUACAGCCUGAGCACGGUCAAGGAAGAGCAACUCACCAGUGAUUCCAAGCUGGGGAAUUUCCCAAAACUUCUUCAUCGGAAUAUCAAUGCAGUUUCGAAUAACUAGAAUGUGACCUCCCCACCCCCUUUCCCCCUUUUUUCCAAAGCCCUAAAUAUUAGAUUAAACAAUACGCAAAACUGUCUCGAUUCAUAUGACACUGAGGGUUUUUUUUUCUCCCCGAUAGAUAGUAUAUUUGUAUGUGGUAAAGUAUUCUAGAUAAAUUCACUGCUGAUUCCUAAAGAAUAUCUCUCAAACAUAGAUCUAGUCGAUACAUUAAAUCAUGUAGACAGCAAGUUUAUUAUCAUUCUUUAGUCAUGAAAGAAUCUAACAUCGUGACCACAUUAUUCCAAGAUUUCAUCUCAGGAACUGUACAUCUCAAAACAAUGUCAUAACUUUUUUUCUCUAGAUUUUACUGCUUUGCCCCCCCCCCCCCCCCCUCUUUUCCUGGCACACACGCAUAAACACUUCUGGGAACAUGCCAUCUUUAGUUAUUCACCCCCGCCCUCCUUUCCAGAUCUCAGUGCGAAAAAAGAACGAGUGCACAAAUAUAAUAUGUGAGGCAGCGUGGCGAAAUCAGGUGCUGGUCAAAAUAAUGUAACCAAGGAAACCGACAUUUUUCUGACCGCUGGGAAAUCUUUUUCAGGUUUUCGUGGUUUUUUUCACUCAAUACUUUCUAUGUCCAUUUAGGAACACAUAUCUCUGUGGAUUUUACUGAAAAAGAUUGAUAAAGGGCACAAAAAAUGUAAAAGUGCAUUUUCCAAAGACUCUCAGGCUUUGGAAGUCGCCAAACUUUGGCGGCCAUUUUCUCAUUAAUUUUACCUCUGACACGAGACGACCCCCAUACCCUUCCAUUGCAAAUAUUAUCUUGAUUUUUAAUCAAGAUGCAUGGGUUUUUUUUUCUCGCCAAAAGCAAGACAUAAAAUUAACAAGUUUUAAGGUGAUACUAAUAACUCUAAAUAUCCAAAAACUGACGAGAGCUGAUUCCACCGCGUCGUGACACAUACAUGUACAGUUAUUAUUGUUCUUGUUUCUGUCUCUGUGACCCAUGUGACAGCGGGGAAUAAUAUUUUGAGCUCCAUGAAAGUAUUGAAAGAGGACAUUGAUUGAAGGUUAGACAACUCCAAAGAGGAAACAAUUCUAGUGCAUCCUGUUAUAAUAAUAUAUAAUUUAUCAGCAUGGGUGUACACUAUUGUAAUGCAUGGAUCUGUGGUAUGUUCUGGAACACUUUGUCUGUCGUUUUUCUUUAUUUUGUAGGUUUGUUGGUUAUAAUUGUUUUGCUUUUAGCUCCCAUUAUAAAUACACUGUGAGUUAUGUCAAAAACUCGACCUACAA